AUGCUGGAUGGCCAGCUAUUCUCCGAGGGGCCCGACAGCCCCCGGGAGUUCCAGGAUGAGGAGUCUGGCAGCUGCCUCUGGGUGCAGAAGUCCAAGCUGCUGGUGAUCGAAGUGAAGACUAUUUCCUGUCAUUAUAGUCGCCGUGUCUCUCCUCGACAGCCCAUGGACUUGCAGACCAGCCACUGGGCCCGCGGGACCCAGAGCCGCACGUGUGGGCCGCACCCGGGAUCCCCUGAGCCGCCGCCCCGCCGGUCCUGGGCCUCCAGGGUGCUGCAGGAGGCCACCAACUGGCGGGUGGGGCCCCCGGCCGAGGCCCGAGUCCGGGAACAAGAGAAAAGGAAAGCGGCAUCGCAGGAGCGGGAGGCCAAAGAGACGGAGAGAAAGAGGCGCAAGGCUGGUGGGGCCCGAAGGAGCCCCCCGGGUUGGGCCGGCCCAGAGCCCCGGCACGGCCCUCGGGUGGCCCACGCUGCAGGACUCUCGGCGCUCUCCCGGCCCCAGCGCCUGGGGCUGGUAGGGCGACCCACCCGUCCGUCCGCGCAGCCGCAGGGCGACCCAGGGGCGGCGUGGGCGGGGCCCUGGGGAGGUCGGCGGGCAGGGCCCCCCAGCUACGAAGCUCACCUGCUGCUGAGAGGCGCUGCCGGGAUGGCCCCGCGUCGCCGUUGGGACCGGCCGCCGCCCUACGUGGCUCCACCUUCUUACGACGGCCCGCACCGGACUUUGGGGACUAAGCGAGGCCCCGCGCCCUCCCAGGCGCCCUCCGCGUCAGCUCCGGCUCUGACUCCGGCCAGGACAGAGGGAGGGUGCACGAAGAAGAGGCUGGAUCCUCGAAUCUACCGCGACGUCCUCGGGGCUUGGGGCCUUCGGCAGGGGCGGGGCCUUUUGGGGGGAUCCGCAGGCUGUGGAACAGUUAGGUCAAAGCUUGAAGCUGGCAAGGGAGCAGCGGAGAAAAGCCUGGCGCUGGCCGCUGCGGGCAUGAACAGUGGCAGCGACGGCCACCCCCAGGCCAAAGCCGCGGGGAGCCCCGUCUCGGAGACGACGCCUGCGGGGGUUGCAACUGCGACCCCCGGCCGCCCACGCCCGGCCCCGAGGUCCAGGCCGCGCCUCAAGGGCUCCGGGGAAGGCAAAGAAGGUGGAGAACAGAACUGGCUCCCCAAGUGCUGGACGCCCGCCAUCAAAAAGCAGCCACCGCAGCAUAGCCAGACCCUCCCCAGGCCCUGGGCUCCCGGAGGCACCGGCUGGAGAGAGCCCCUGGACGGCGGAGAGGGCGCCGGCCCCCAAACCGCGGCGCGCGGGAAGCCCGCGCCCUACGCCGGCGCCCUGCGGGAGGCGGUGUCCCGCAUCCGCCGCCACACCGCCCCGGACUCGGACUCCGACGAGGCUGCGGAGCUCAGCGCCCACAGCGGCUCUUCGGAUGGAAGCGACACUGAAGCCUCAGGCGCCUCCUGGCGGAACGAGCGGACCCUGCCCGGGGCUGGGAACUCCACCCAGCCCGGGGACGGCGGGAAGAUCGCGGGGCUGAGCGACGGCAGCCGGGAGAUUCUAGGCGUCACCGGCCAAACCGACGAGGCCCUUUUGAGGCCGAGGGACGCCAAGGGGACCCCACGGCGAAGUAGAGAGUGGCAAUGA